AAGAAUCUGCUGGAUCCUUCUUCACCUGUGUUGCUGGGCAGGAGAUUAAGGAUUGCUUGAACAGUGCCAGCACAGGAGAGGUGUUAAAUAGAGAUUUCUGCUCUGCAACUGAGAGAUGCAUGAAGGGAAAUGAUGAUAAUUCCGUGAUGCAGAGCACUUCAAAACUAAUUUUGGAGCAGCCAUUGCAUCCAGAUGCUUGAAGAUCAGUAAUGUCAGGAUUUUAAGAGUUGCCAGCAUCCUUCACUGGACUUUAAAAAUCCCAAUGUAUUUGAGAACACCAAGGAGGCUCCAGGGGAGUGAAUGGAAGGUGGUGCUGUGAGAUAUGUUGAAUAUUGCAGCUCCCCGGCAGAAACAAUGUGCCUUUGGAAACCUUUCCCUGCCAUGAGAGGAGCAGCCAGAGUUCUGCAGUUACUCCUGUGCUGUCAGACCUUCCUCUUGGAGACUAUGAGAAGACAAAGAAAUGAAGUUGUUGUGGAGUUGAGAAAGAACAAAAGAGAUGAGCAUCUCCUAAAGAGAAGGAAUGUUCCUCAUGAAGAUAUCUGUGAAGAUUCUGAUGUAGAUGGGGACUUCAGAGUGCAAAACACUUCUUUGGAGGCAAUAGUGCAGAAUGCUUCAAGUGACAACCAGGGUAUUCAGUUAAGUGCUGUGCAGGCAGCAAGGAAGCUGCUGUCCAGUGACCGUAAUCCACCCAUCGAUGACCUAAUAAAAUCAGGAAUUUUACCAAUCUUAGUGCACUGCCUUGAAAGAGAUGACAAUCCUUCCUUGCAGUUUGAAGCUGCGUGGGCUUUGACAAACAUUGCCUCUGGGACCUCAGAACAAACCCAGGCUGUCGUUCAAUCCAAUGCUGUGCCGCUUUUCCUGAGACUGCUGCAUUCACCUCAUCAAAAUGUUUGUGAGCAAGCAGUGUGGGCUCUAGGCAAUAUCAUAGGUGAUGGACCCCAGUGCAGGGAUUAUGUCAUUAGCCUUGGAGUGGUGAAGCCUCUGCUGUCCUUCAUCAGCCCCUCCAUCCCCAUCACCUUCCUCAGGAAUGUCACCUGGGUCAUGGUGAACCUGUGCCGCCACAAGGACCCCCCUCCCCCCAUGGAGACCAUCCAGGAGAUCCUGCCAGCGCUCUGUGUUCUAAUUCACCACACGGAUGUAAAUAUAUUGGUAGAUACAGUCUGGGCCCUCUCCUAUCUCACGGAUGCUGGCAAUGAGCAGAUCCAGAUGGUGAUAGACUCUGGAAUUGUCCCUCACUUGGUUCCUCUCCUCAGCCACCAGGAAGUCAAAGUCCAGACGGCUGCACUGAGAGCUGUGGGGAACAUUGUCACUGGCACCGAUGAGCAGACACAGGUAGUCCUCAACUGUGAAGCUCUCUCACAUUUCCCAGCACUUCUGACACAUCCCAAAGAAAAAAUUAAUAAGGAAGCAGUGUGGUUCCUAUCUAACAUCACUGCAGGAAACCAGCAGCAGGUUCAGGCAGUAAUAGAUGCAAACCUUGUUCCAAUGAUAAUCCAUCUUCUAGAUAAGGGGGAUUUUGGGACUCAGAAAGAAGCUGCUUGGGCAAUAAGCAACUUAACAAUCAGUGGAAGAAAAGACCAGGUGGCUUACUUAAUUCAACAAAAUGUAAUUCCUCCCUUUUGCAAUUUGCUGACAGUAAAAGAUGCACAAGUUGUGCAGGUGGUUCUGGAUGGACUAAGUAAUAUAUUAAAAAUGGCUGAAGAGGAAGCAGAAACCAUAGCCAACCUUAUAGAGGAGUGUGGAGGCCUGGAGAAAAUUGAACAGCUCCAAAACCAUGAAAAUGAAGACAUCUACAAACUGGCUUAUGAGAUCAUUGAUCAGUUCUUCUCCUCAGAUGAUAUUGAUGAAGAUCCAAGCCUUGUUCCAGAAGCAAUCCAAGGCGGAACGUUUGGUUUCAAUUCAUCUGCCAACGUACCAGCAGAAGGGUUCCAGUUUUAGAGCGGUGCUUUGGAGGUUUAGGUACAAUGCAGCACUGAAUAAAAAAAAAAAAAAAAUGUUUGAUCCAUCAAUCUCGGCUCAUGGGAUCCGCUGCUGCAUUAAAUCGGGAAAGUAAAAUGUGAAGAUUUCAUUUGGAAUCACAGAAAAGCCCAAAUGAAGUCAAGAUGGCGAGUGGGUGCGAGUGAGAAUGAGUGGCAAAAUGUAAUGACAAACUUCACACUGAAUGCUUCUUUAGAUUGUUCAAAGAAAAAAAGGGCUACAGGUCACAGAUCUUGAGUGCCUGAGAAGGAACACCGACCUCCUGGAGCUGCGGGGGGCCGCAGAACUGUCACCAUCAGCCUCAGAAGCAUCAGAGCAAGCGGGAUGCCCAGAGCACGGGGAGCAGCCGGGCCUUGCUCUGCAGCCCCGCAGCGAGCGGCCAGCCCGGGGCACUGAGUGAGUGUCUGUGUGUCUGUCUGUGUGUGUGUCUGUGCCAGCCCGGGGCACUGAGUGAGUGUCUGUGUGUCUGUCUGUGUGUGUGUCUGUGCCAGCCCGGGGCACUGAGUGAGUGUCUGUGUGUCUGUCUGUGUGUGUGUCUGUGCCAGCCCGGGGCACUGAGUGAGUGUCUGUGUGUCUGUCUGUGUGUGUGUCUGUGCCAGCCCGGGGCACUGAGUGAGUGUCUGUGUGUCUGUCUGUGUGUGUGUCUGUGCCAGCCCGGGGCACUGAGUGAGUGUCUGUGUGUCUGUCUGUGUGUGUGUCUGUGCCAGCCCGGGGCACUGAGUGAGUGUCUGUGUGUCUGUCUGUGUGUGCCAGCCCGGGGCACUGAGUGAGUGUCUGUGUGUCUGUCUGUGUGUGCCAGCCCGGGGCACUGAGUGAGUGUCUGUGUGUCUGUCUGUGUGUGUGUCUGUGCCAGCCCGGGGCACUGAGUGAGUGUCUGUGUGUCUGUCUGUGUGUGCCAGCCCGGGGCACUGAGUGAGUGUCUGUGUGUCUGUCUGUGUGUGCCAGCCCAGGGCACUGAGUGAGUGUCCGUGUGUCUGUGUCUGUGCGUGUGUCUGUGUGUCUGUGUGUGUGUGUCUGUGCCAGCCUGGUGCAGUGAGUGAGUGUGUGUGUGUGUGUGUCUGUGUGUGUGUGUGUGUCUGUGUGUGUGUGUGUCUCUGUGUGUGUGUCUCUGUGUGUGUGUGUGUCUCUGUGUGUGUGUGUGUGUCUGUGUGUGUGUGUGUGUCUGUGUGUGUGUGUGUGUCUGUCUGUGUGUGUGUGUCUGUCUGUGUGUGUCUGUGUGUGUGUGUCUCUGUGUGUGUGUCUCUGUGUGUGUGUGUGUGUCUGUGUGUGUGUGUGUGUCUGUGUGUGUGUGUGUGUCUGUGUGUGUGUGUGUGUCUGUGUGUGUGUGUGUCUGUGUGUGUGUGUCUCUGUGUGUGUGUCUCUGUGUGUGUGUGUGUGUCUGUGUGUGUGUGUGUGUCUGUGUGUGUGUGUCUCUGUGUGUGUGUGUGUGUCUGUGUGUGUGUGUGUGUCUGUGUGUGUGUGUCUCUGUGUGUGUGUCUCUGUGUGUGUGUGUCUGUGUGUGUGUGUCUCUGUGUGUGUGUCUCUGUGUGUGUGUGUCUGUGUGUGUGUGUGUGUGUGUGUGUGUCUGUCUGUGUGUGUGUCUGUGUGUCUGUCUGUGUGUGUCUGUGUGUGUGUGUCUGUGUGUGUGUGUCUGUGUGUGUGUGUGUCUCUGUGUGUGUGUGUGUGUCUGUCUGUGUGUGUGUCUGUGUGUCUGUCUGUGUGUGUGUCUGUGCCAGCCCGGGGCAGUGAGUGUGAGAGCCAAGUGCUUGUGCUGUGUCUGUGCACGAGUGCGAGCUUGAGUGGCCUCCAGGGGCUGAGGAACCCCAAACCACCCGUGAGUUCAGCCGUGUUCACCACACUGGACACACCCAGACCGGUUUAGCAGCAGACUCUGGUUUACUCCUGCAGCCUGUGUUUUCCUCUUUUCUAUUUUCCGCCCCCCCCCCUUUUUUUUUGUUUUCUUUUUGUUUAGAUUCCCCCCCCCCCCCUUAUUUUUUUUUUUCUUUCAAUUCUUUUUAAUUUCUUUUCCUGUUACGGCUUCUUAGUUGUUUGUAAAGUCAGAAUUUCAGGAAGGCUUCCCUGUGCAUUUGCACCAGAUGAAUGUUUGAUGUUAUGAAAAGCUUUUCCAUAUCAUCAAAACUAAUUUGUAGAUUUCUGCAUGGAAAAAAAAAAAACAAACGAGAAGAAAACAAACAAAAAAAAGAAAUCAUCCAUUUCCCUUCAGACGAGACUGUGUUGCAGUACACAAAUUGCCAUAAUAGUAGAAAGCAGUAAAAUGUGGGAAUUAAAGCUCAUCCUUUUCAUUUUCAAAGAUAACAUGAAGACCUUUGCAUGUGCUAAUCUCCAGCAUAGUUCAUUUUUAGAUUUCGUUGAGUCCUGUAACCAAAAUGUUUCUGUUGUGGUAGGAUACCGUGCUGUGUUUCAAUGUUACUUGUUUUCAAACUUUGUUUUCUAUGAAAAUGAUAUGGAAACGACUAAAAAUGAAAUUUGGUGCAUAUGUACUGCUGAAUAAAGAGCGAAAAAAAGAGGUGUGAAUAGAUGUACAAAUCAAGUCAUGGUUUGAACACCUUUAAUAUGCCUAAUCCAAUUGUUUUAGACUUUUUAUCUUAGAUGUAGGCAGCCAUGAACAAUCUAUUUUGAGCCACUUUAGAGAGAAAAAAAAAACUGAAAAAAAAAAACGAACUUUGUACUUUUAAAACUUGCACAAAAAGUUUUAUAAUUGGAAGAGUGCCUCAGUUGUGAGGUGGUGCACACUAAAUUCAAGGUGACAUUACAAAUUUGUCCAGAUGAACUCUUGAUAAGGUGGCUCACUGUAGGAAAUGCUGUGCCUUCCCCUCUGAGCACAAGUGUUGCAUGAAGAACAAUUUGCUAGAACUCAGAAGCCCAGGCCGGGUCAGGCGGCGCGAGCGCCCCGCUCCCUGCGGGCCCCGGUAGCAGGAUAAAGAUUAUUUUGUGAUCAUAACUCCUUGUUGGACUAGAGUAUUUUUGCAGCAUUCCUUGUCAUCAGAAACAUGGUUAAAAGUUGAAAACUAGAAGCAGCAGAAAAACUAGCUUGUGAAUUUAUCCACGUAGAGUGCAGGCUAGGCUGUCUUGGGAAAUAAAACGUGAAAACGUGCA